AGCCCUCCGUUGCCGGCAGAGGGCAGGGCCCCUUUCCCUGCAUCCCCGUGCCAGCUCCCUGCACCUCCAGCCUGGGGGUUAACCAGACCCAGGCGAAAGAGGAAGAGAGAAGCGGCCGAGCAGCAAGGAGGAGGGAGCGGAGGCCGGGGAGAGGGGGCGAGCGAGCCCAGAGGCGGAACUGCCGAGCCAGCCACAGUCCGCCGCCGCCGCCGCCUUACCCUUACCCUGCCCGGCUCGCUCCGGCACAGAGACCCGGCAUCAGCCCGGCUGCUCCGGCGUCCUGAGCGGAGCCUCCCCGGCCGCGCUCCGCCUCCCGUCCCGGCUCCGGCUCACUCGGCCCCGCAGCAGAGGCAGCGAUGCAGGCGCUGGCCCUGGCCCUCUGUGCCCUGCAGCUGUGCCCAGCUGUGCUGGGCGGCCGGUGGGGGCAGCCCUUCCUGGUGGAGAGGCCUCAAUCCAGGCGGCUGAGCAAGGUUGGUGGCUUCUCGUGGCAGAACUGUGGCAAGGGGACCGAUCCCUUUGUGAUUAAGAGUCUGUCCGUAGCCCCGGACCCGAUCCAAAUCCCUGGGAACCUGAAAGUCAGCGUGGCGGUUUCCAGUGAAGUUGACAUCGGCUCCCCUCUGAAGGCGGUGUUUACCGUGGAGAAGAAGAUAGUUGACAUAUGGAUAAAGAUCCCCUGUGUGGACCAGAUCGGGAGCUGCACGUAUGAUGGCCUUUGCGGAAUGCUGGACAACGUCAUCCCCCCCGGAUCACCAUGCCCUGAGCCUCUACUCAGCUACGGCAUCCCCUGUCACUGCCCCUUCAAACAGGGCUCCUAUUCCCUGCCAUCCACUGAGUUCUACUUGCCCGUCAUACAGUUGCCCUCCUGGCUGACUAAUGGCGACUACCGCAUCCAGGUUGUCCUGAGCAACGGUGCCAAGCAGCUCGCCUGUGUCAAGGUGGCCUUGUCCCUCCACUCCGAGUGAGGCUGGCCAGCCCUGCCCGACCACAAGCCCAGCCCCCGCUGCAGACUGCCGCGUUUCCUUUCUCUUCCCGCUGGCAGAGACACACACCGGAGCCGGUUGGCAGCUCUCUUCCUCCUUCCGCUGCCUCUUGCCGCCGCCUGCCCUCACACAGCUGCUGCUUGUCCUUUCCUGCCUCUAUUCGCCCUUCUCCCUCUCAGAAAAAAAUGGCCAAUGGAGUGGGGGAUGGCGGGGAGAGGCCUUUGUCCUCUGUGCAGGGUGGACUUAGAGGUGGGCAAGGCUGGCAAAUGCCAGCGGGGCCCUCUCUGGUUGGGUCCCUCCUGAUCCUGAUUCAAAGCCUCUUGAAGUCAAUAGGAGCCUUUCCAAGGGCUCCGGCUCCUAGCGAGGAGACUUGAGAGAGUCUUCGUCGCAGUCCCUACAAUUGCAGGCCCACUUGUUGCCUUUCCCAGCGGGGCUUAGACCCUUCCCUCAACCCCUGUUCAUGCUGUUCUGUAGAGCAGCGUCCCUCUCCCGGUCCUGGUUGGCUGCGCACCAUUCACCAUGCCAGCUUUGGGCAGAUUCCCUGAAGUCAAUAGAAAACACACACCCCCCGGAGGGAUCAGGCCCACAGGGAGGCACACAGCACUAAACAGAACUUCCCAUUGCAGUUUCUGUUUGAGUCCCAGCUGCGCUUUGCUGGGGAACGCCCCUCACUGCAGCGCUAUGUGCUGGAUGGCCGUAUGGGUCUCUUCUGCCCCUGACUUCUCUGAUCCUAGGAAAUAUCAGGUUAAACUGCUGGCUCGGGUCUAAUGCUGACUCUUUCCGUCAUAUCCUAGUGGUGGCUCCAACUUUCCGGAGCUCCGUUCCAGGCCAGAAUGUCCCCUAUGCGCACUCUUGCCUUGAGAGAGUCGUAUCACAAACCAGCCUUAAGGGGGGGGGGGUCUAGUUUGAUUAUUUUCCCACAUAUAUAAUGAAAUUGCAUUUUUCAUGUUGCUUAAUGCUCCCUUCUCCUCCCCUCCAGUCAGUAACAAUGGGAGGGCCCGGUAGCCCUCCAGUUGACUGGUGUAAAACAAAAUGGGGUUUCACAAUAUUUCACCCAUUGAGUGGCCUACUUAACCUCUACCAUCCCAGGGGGUUUUGCCAUCUGUGGGCUAGGGUGUGGGGCUGUUUUUGUUUGUCUGGGUUUUUUUUUUUAAAUAUCACACAGGGAAUUUUAGAAAACAAAACUGAAGGAAGAAAACAGAAAGAAAUAAUCAGUUGGAAAAAGGAAAAGAGGCUUAGAGCUGGCUGCCCCUCUCUGCAAUGUGGCGGUUGGUGGCCGGUCAGGAGUGCCGUCUUGUAUACUUUGAGGGUGCAAGCCCCCUCCAGGAAUGUGCACCCCAACACUUGACUGGAGAAAUGACAUGUUCAUUCUUACUGGCCACUUCUGGAGACAGGAUACUGAGCUAGGUGGACCAUUGGUCUAUCUGGGGGUGGCACUUCUUAUGUGUCUGAGUCAACCUGGGCAGCAGCAGCAGGAAACCUGUCAACACGAAGAGUUGUACAGCUAGCACUGAAUUCUCUGACAACAAAUAACCUUCCUAAACGGGACCACGCAGGACCAGAUCUAUUCCGAAGAAGUCAUUGCUUAUGGUAAUGUAAGGAGAGCCGGGAGGGUGGGUAUCACCAGCCAAAGAGACAGAUCGUCAACAGUAUGGACAUUAUCUCUCUCCCAUGUCUGCAUGAAAAAAAGAAAAGAGGAAGAAACCAAGAAAGCAAUGUA